AUGGAAUCACAAAUACAACAUCUCAACGCUCUUAAACAUGAGCCAAAUGAAACCAUUAAUGCGUGUUACGAGAGCGCAUUAAAGGAAUUCCCACGAAGUUACAAACUUUGGUUUUCGUAUUUACAAUUACGUCAAGACCAUGUUCGGACAAAAUCUAUAAUGCAUUCGGAAUUUGAAAAUGUCAAUAAAGUAUACGAACGAGCACUAGUUUACAUGUAUAAAAUGCCACGAAUAUGGUUAAAUUAUUGUGAGUUUUUGAUGGACCAAUGUAAAAUAACGCGAACACGAAAAGUAUUUGACCGUUCAUUACGGGCAUUACCAAUAACACAACAUAAGAGAAUAUGGCCAUUGUAUAUUAAAUUUGUUACACAACAUCAUAUACCCGAUACAGCAAUGAAAGUAUAUAAAAGAUAUUUAAAAUUGUUACCAGAAAUUGCAGAAGAUUAUAUGGAAUAUUUAAAAGAAACUGAUCGCCUUGAUGAAUGUGCUCAAUUGUAUAUUGAAGUACUAAACCGCGAUAAUUUUGUAUCGAAAGAAGGAAAAUCAAAUCAUCAACUGUGGAAUGAAUUCUGUGAAUUAAUAUUGAAAAAUCCGUCAAAAAUUAAAUCAAUUCAAGUUGAACCAAUUAUUCGUCAAGGAAUUGAAAAAUAUAAAGAUCAAGUUGGACAAUUGUGGACAUCAUUAGCAAAUUAUUAUAUUCGAGCAGGCUGUUUCGAAAAAGCUCGCGAUAUAUUCGAAGAGGCAGUUGAUGCCGUUUUGACUGUGCGAGAUUUUACACAAGUAUUCGAUGCCUAUGCACAAGCUGAAGAGGGUGCAAUAAUGGCGAAAUUUAAUGAAGAACAGUUGACAGAGGAUGACGAUCUUGAAUUAGAAAUUCGUUUGGCUCGGUUGGAGUAUUUAAUGGAUCGUCGUCCAUUAUUAUUGAAUGGUGUCCUGUUAAGACAAAAUCCACAUAAUGUCAAUGAAUGGUUAAAACGUGUAAAACUGUAUGGUGAACAAUAUGAUAAAGUAAUUGAGACGUAUACACGUGCUGUUCAAACAAUUGAUCCAAAAAUAUAUACUGGAAAACUUCAUGAGUUGUGGAUAUCACUUGCACAAUUUUAUGAUAAUAAUGGUCAACUGCGUGAAUCACGAUAUAUUUAUGAUAAAGGAACAAAAGUCACUUAUCGUCAUGUUGAUGAUUUGGCAUGUGUUUGGUGUGCAUGGUGUGAAACCGAAUUGAAACACGAAAACUACGAAGAAGCUAUUCGACUUAUAGAACGUGCCACAGUAUUACCACGACAUAAAGUUGAUUAUCAUGAUAUGAAUGAAACAGUGCAAAUAAGAUUACAUAAAAAUUUAAAAUUAUGGUUAUUUUAUGUUGAUCUAGAAGAAUGUUAUGGUACAUUUCGCACAGUUAAAGACGUGUAUGAUCGUAUUAUCCAUUUAGAAAUAGCCACACCACAAAUAAUUAUUAAUUUUGCUGCUUAUUUGGAAGAAAAUAAAUAUUAUGAAGAUGCAUUUCGAACAUAUGAGAAAGGCAUUGCUCUGUUUAAAUGGCCAAAUGUUUAUGAUAUAUGGUUAACAUAUUUGUGUAAAUUUGUUCAACGUUAUUCAGAUGGUUCAAAGUUGGAACGUGCCAGAGAUUUAUUUGAACAAUGUCUCGAACAUUGUCAACCAAAAUAUGCCAAAAAUUUAUAUUUAUUAUAUGCUAAAUUGGAAGAAAAACAUGGACUAGAUCGACGAGCAUUAAAAAUAUACGAAAGAGCAACAGAAGCUGUUGAACCAAAAGAAAAAUACGAGAGGUACAUGUUGAAUAUUUACAUAAAACGAUGUGGUGACAUGCAUGGUAUAACACAAACACGAGAAAUAUACGAAAAAGCAAUUGAAUCAUUAACUGAUGAGUCAUUGAUGCGUGAUAUGUCUUUAAGAUGUGCUGAAUUAGAACGAAAAUUGGGUGAAAUAGAUCGUGCACGAGCUCUUUAUUCACAUUGUUCACAAAUGUGUGAUCCAACAGUGAUACCUGAGUUUUGGCAAACAUGGAAAGUAUUUGAAGUGGAACACGGAAAUGAAGAUACGUUAAAAGAAAUGUUAAGAAUUAAACGUAGUGUACAAGCAAGGUACAAUAUACAAGUAAAUUAUAUGGCACAACGAAUCAGUUCAUGCUGA